UGGGAAACUAGUGUGCAUAAAGGUGCUUCUCUGACACUUUCACCUCUUUUGGCCAAAUAAAGAAGCCUGCCAGUUGCAGUCAAGGCAUCCGCCUUGUUAGUACUGUGCAGGAGGUGACUAAUACUCCAGUUUUUGUCCGUAGUUGCAUGGGGUUCCGGGUCUGACGGCACAGAGUAGCAUAGUGGUUGGUCACCACGGCUACCGCCGUGUGGGCCAUCCCAGGCCGUAGCGCCGCUGCCGGCCACCUUAUGGCGCACCAUGGCACCGGGAACCCCCGCUAUGGCGGCCACUCUAGCCAGUUCGGCGACACCACCCUCACCAAGGUCUUCGUGGGAGGCCUGGCGUGGGAGACUCAGACGGAAACCAUGCGGAAAUAUUUCGAGCAGUUCGGCGAGAUUCUCGAAGCGGUCGUUAUUACGGACCGCAUGACCGGCCGCUCUAAGGGCUACGGAUUUGUGACUUUCAGCGACCCAGAGGCUGCUGGAAGAGCGUGCCUUGACCCAUCGCCAGUCAUAGACGGUAGAAGGGCCAACUGCAACCUCGCUUCCUUAGGACAGAAGCAGCGUCCGCAGCAGCCGCGAGGGCAACAGGGUGGCGUGCCGUUUGGCGGUUUCCCACCGCAACACCCGUACCCCAUGUAUCCGCUACAAGGCUAUCCCAUGCCACCUUUCGGGUACCCUCAGCAGUUUCAAGAAGGAGCCGGCUACGCGUUCCCGCAGGGGAUGUUUCCCCCGUACGGUCCGCAAGGGUUUCCAGCUCAGCCGGGGAUGUUCGUACCGCCUGUAGGAGCAGCCACGCCUGGAGGCAUGUACCCUGGAUAUCCCCCUGCAGCCUUUGGACCGACGCAAGCGGCGCAGGCAGCAGGGGGGUUUCCAGGAGGCCCGUCUAUGGUCCCGUCGGCCCCGCAACAAGGCGGCGUUGCUGGGGGUGCAGCGCAGCCGUAUGGAUUUCCGCAGAUGCAAGGGGGGCAAUCCCAAGGUUUUCAGGGGACCGGCGAGCAGCAGAUGGGAGGUGCCGCGCAGCUCGCAGGUGGUCCUGCAGCUCAAUCAAACCCAGCUGUGCAAGAAGGCGCGGGGGGCAUGCAACAGCAGCAGCAGCAGCAACAGCAGCAACAGCAAUAUGGAGUCCCCAUGCAAGGGGGUCAAACGCCAUACUCAGGCCAACACCAAGGGGACACUGGAUAGGAUGACACCAAUUAGAAAAAGUGCAGAUUUCUGUGUGCAGUUUUGCUUCAGGUGACAUCCAGGGUGUUUGUCAUGAAAGCAACAGCAAUGACUUGUGGAGCAACAGUGCGCACACCCUGGCUGUCAUAAUGUGCAUACUAAGAUUAUUUCAUUGCUUUCUUUGAA